AUGGCUGCCAUCUCCUUCUCCAUGGCUCCCAGGCCUCCCAACCAGUCCCAGUGUCCUCCAGGCAAGCUGGGCUCCUCACUGUGCCCCCUGUCCAGUCCUCUGGUGCUGCUGAUGCUGCUGGGGCUGCUGCUGCUGCCCCUGCUCUGGGAGGGGUGUCUGUCCCAGGAACUGGAGGUGCCCUCCUCAGUGACUGUGCAGGAGGGGCUGUGUGCCCAGAUCCUCUGUACCUUCCCCUAUCCCGUCUACCCCAGCUAUAACUACUCCCCAGCCUAUGGAUCCUGGUACAGAGUUGGGACUAACCCUGAUACUGGCAGACCUGUGGCCACAAAUGACCCACGUCGUGAGGUAGAGAGUGGAGCCAAGGGAAGAUUCCGUUUCCUCGGGGAUCCCAGGAUGCAUAGCUGCUCCCUGAGCAUCACAGACGCCCAGUCCACAGACAGCGGGCAAUACUUCUUCCAUAUUGAAAAAGGAGACAAAAAAUACACUUUCUAUUAUCUCAAGGUGUCUGUGAAGGUGACAGGCUUCAGCCAGAAACCAGAUAUCUCUGUUCCAGAGGUGCUGGAGUCGGGGGCCCCGGUGACUCUGAAUUGUACAUUUCCCUAUUCCUGCUGGGACAAGGGGGUCUUCAGGUUCUCCUGGAGUGGGGCUGCCCUCUCCUCCCCUCUGGAAACCUCUGGGCUAUCCCCCUCCUCAAGGGUCUCCUUCACCCCUGGGCACCAGCAUCACGGCACCCCUCUCACCUGCCAGGUGACCUUGCCUGGAACCUAUUUAAGAGCCCAGAGAACCAUCUUCCUCAAUGUGUCCUAUGCUGUUCAGAAUGUGACCAUCACCCUCUCCCAGGGAAACAGGACCACAGUUUGGGUCCCAGGAAUCAGCCCCACUCUGGUGGCCCAGGAAGGAGAGUCUCUCCAGCUGCUCUGUGCUGCCAUCAGCAAUCCC